UUCCUUACAUCAGGCUCUACUGCCGCAUAUGUCUUUCUCUAUUCAUCGUUCUACUUCUCCAAGCUCGAAUCGAAUCUCCCCAUUACCUACUUCCUCUACUUUGGCUACAUGGGUAUUAUAUCCUUUGGUAUCUUCCUCUUUACCGGCACUGUGGGCUUUUUCGCUGCUCUUUGGUUCAAUGUCGUCAUAUUCGGUUCUAUCAAAGUUGACUAA